CGUCGUGCGAGCCACCACCAUGUCGCGCCGCCUCCUCGCCCGCAUCCCGCUCUUCCGCACCAUCGUCCCCCGCCUCGCAGCACCCAUCCUGCCCACAGCACGUCCGGGAACAACACCACUCACUCAAACCUCCCGCACGCGCCUGUCCCCCUUCGCCUCACCAUCAUCGCGCCCGUUCUCCUCCAAACCUCCCGAUGAGCAUGCACCUCUACCACCCAACGCCUCCCUCUCCGCCCGCUUGAAGCACCUCAUCAAGGCCUACGGCUGGUAUGCCCUCGGCGUCUACCUUCUCCUCUCUGUCGCCGACUUCUCCGUCGCCUUCGCCGCCGUCAAUGUCUUCGGCGCGGAGCGCGUCUCCGCGGUCGCCGGCACCCUGAAGGAAACAGCCCUCUCCAUGGUCUCGACCGCGCGCCCGCCAGAGCCUGGCAAGGAUGAGCUCGACCCCGUGCAGUCGCGCAAGGGGAACGAGGGCCUGUACGCGAUGAUCGUGCUCGCGUACACGAUCCACAAGACCCUCUUCCUGCCCGUCCGCGUGGGGCUGACGGCGGGUCUGACCCCCAAGCUGGUCAACUGGCUGCGCGCGCGUGGCUGGGCAGGCGGUGCGGGCACCCGGCGAGCUGCGUCGGAGAUGCGCGAGCGGGCGACCGAGAUGCGGGAUAGAAUUCGCAGACGAUCGGGAGACAGUGACAGGGAUUGAGCAUAGAAACCUGGAUGACCAUCAGUUAAAACACCGACGUCGCCGCCGCCGUUACUCAUACGCCUCACAGGCAUCGUCGACCUUCCCGUCCGCACCGUGUUCACUCUCAAGGAUCAGCUCAUCAGGGCUAUUAAAUAUACAGCUUGCUAUCCAGUAUCGUACACGGUGCGCAUCGCGACCUCCGCUCAUAAUACAACUGCGCAGACAAGAAACGGGGUGGGAAGGGGGAACGACACGCUCAGGCCGCAGGCGCCUCGUUGUCU